GGUUCAAAAACCUAAUUUCGCAAACCCUUCAAAAUCACCGCCGAACACCCAAAACCCUACAGCAGCAGAGAUGGGGGAAGAACACCAAAUCGACCUCGGCAAUCUCACGGCAUUCGAUCCUCACCACCAAUUUUCAUCUCUUCCUGAUAACAGGGAGGAUCUUGUGAAGGAGUGCAUAGCACAUGGUACGAAGUUAAUUCAGGCAGUUGCUGAUGCUCUUUUUAACUUGCCUUCUACUGAAGAUGCAUCUGGCCCAGUUGUCCCUCUACCACCACCAUCCACAAAAUUGCCAAGAGAAAAGCCUCUGCCAAAGCCUAAACCGCCAACAAAGUGGGAGCUUUUUGCCAAGAAGAAAGGCAUCCAAAACAAAAAGAGAGACAAGCUUGUCUUUGAUGAACAAACUGGCUCUUGGAAGCGUCGCUAUGGUUAUGAUCGAGUAAAUGAUGACAAUGACAUUCCAAUUAUUGAGGCAAAAAUGACCGAUGAGCCAGGGGUCGAUCCUUUUGCCAAGAGACGGUCAGAUAAAAAGGAGCGAGUCAAUAAACAAGAGAAGAACCGUUUGUAUAAUCUGAAAGAGGCUGCAAAAGUUGGUGCUUUGCCAAGUCAUGUUCAACUUGCUGCAACAGCAUUGCCUAUAACCGGGACCCAAACCGCACCAAGAAAGGUUAGCAAGGAUGAACUACAGAAUGUAGCAGGAAUGGCGGCAACUUCGACUGCCAGCGGUGGUAAAUUCGACAAAAAGUUGGCUGGUGAAAAACCACCCAAACAUGAAAAGAAAUACAGGAAGUUCUUGCCUGUUGUCGAAGGAUCGGGAAUGGGUUCCUUAGAGAAGCAACAAUCUGACAAGAUUCUCAACAAGUUAAUGGCCAAGAAUUCUCAUGAAAUUUUCAACGUUGGAAAGGCUGUUGACAUGUACAAUGCGAAGAGCGACAAAAAACGAAGAAAUCAGCAAGGGAAGUCUUCAUCAACAUCGAGUAAGUUGAAAGUGAAGAAGAGCCCGUAUAAAAACGCAUCAAAGAAGAAACCUACGAGUAAAGGAAAAUCAAAGUGAAAGCAUGUCUACAGUUUUGUUGAAAGAUCUAAAAAUGUUUCAGUCAGGUACAAUGCCAAUCGGGAAAACAAGUAGUGCGUGUUUUUGUACUUGUAGUGGAAUUAUUUAUUUAUAUUUCCACCAUUUUAUGCACUCCGUCAUUUAAUGCAUGUAACCAUAGUUAUCUUAUCUCAGUAGGAUUUAUGAGUUUA